AUGUCUGGUUCAGAUACAGCACUUCUCAUUCUAUUGAUCAUUACAUUGUCAUUGACCGUGUUCACCUUACUCAUGGUUACGUCACUCACAGAUCCAUACUGGUAUUUACAUAUCUUGUCAAUCAAGACUCGUCAAAGACAAAAGGUUUUUGAUCAAUCAAGAGUUUCUGCUGACUUGGAGCUGCAAAACGACUCUACUGUAGAUCAUCUGAGAAGCCGUAGAUCCACCACGAAUGGAUCAAAUAUUGCAUUGGAUAGUUAUCCAAUGGGUUCUUCUGUCCUAGAAAGAAACCAUAACGACGUGCAUGAGAACCAACCAAGUGAACAUGAAUCCACUGAGGAAGUCCCUGAUUCGGAGAGCGAUCGGAUUGCAUUAGAUGAGAAUGCAAUUCAUGAUCCUCAACUCCAUCAAGUGAGGGAUAUUCCUCGAACUAGGGAUGAGACCGUUGAGAGUUUGAAAGAAUUUGGAAGUGCUUACGAAAAGUUCGAUGCCACUGGGCAGAAUCAAUCCUUAGAGUACGACUCAGCAAUCAAUCUUUCUAGAUUUGAAAUACUUGGAACGUCUACUGAUGCUGUUGCGACAAAUGCUAAUAAAGAAGCAGAAGAAGAAGAGGAAGAUGUUGAACUUGACACGGAUGAUAAACAAGUUGCCAAUCCAACAAUUAUUGCGCAUCCGGCCACAACUUCGUCUAUUUUUGAGUCAGCUCAAGUUCAACCAACACCCAUAACACCUAUUCCGCAAGUUAGUAAAAGGGAAGCUGUUCAAAACAUAGACAGGGUGAAAUUAAUUCGUAAAGUUUCAGAUCCACUCUCUGAUGGCUUUAUUAAUGUUGGGGAUCAUGUCAUUGUUUUCAGACCAUUUGUUGGUGUUAGAGAUUUUGAUUUUCCUUUGUUGCAACCAGGUGAUUUGAUUCGAAUUAACAAGUUUUUUGUAUUAGAAGAAGACUCCAACUGUGACAAUCCAGACGAACGAAGCUCGAAUCCUGCUGAAACACAAACGAUCCCCGAUGAAGGUGCAAUUGAUCUAGCAAACUUGAGUGAAUCACUGCUGAAUGAUUCACUGCAAGAUAGUCGUGCCCAAGAAUUGACAGUGGCAAGGGCUGAUGUUUGGUACAAGAAGUUGUAUUGCACAGGGAUGCUAUCAAAUACCUAUCUCAAAGCAUCCACAUCGCAAGAGUUGAUGUGGAAACAUCGGGAAGAGUUGAAAUAUGACAUAAACUCUCUUACAAGAGACUUCCCUUUGAAUGUGGUUACUCUGGAGGAAACUAUUGCAAGAGGAUCGAGAAAGGGGGUUGUUAUCGAUUGA